GCAAUGUGUUGAAGCCGUAAGCUGAAGCGGCAACCCGAAGCAGCUUCCGGAGCGCAUGACAGAUGAUGCGACGCUGACGCAGGCCUCGCUGGAGGCGCUGGACAGCUUCGGGGCAAUGCUGCUGAACUCCAAAAUCAGCGCUUUGCACAGGCGGUGCAUUUUGGGCAUCGCCUGGGACACCGCGCGGUGCGGGGAUGCGCUGCUGGGCACGGACGACUUGGCUGCCCUUUCCACAGAAGAGACCGCCUUGUGCGAGGUGGGCGCAAUUUGCAUCGCUGCAGCCAUCGAGUUGCAGCUGGCAAAGGGGAGCGCGAUUGGCAGCGCAAAGAGCGCGGUGGUUCCCAACGUCAGACCCUGGGAGUGGCUGCAGUGGCGAGUAGAGGCGUGCGCCCGCGCUGCCCACAUCGCAGGCCUGGACAGCAACAAGAGCGAGGCGCUGCGGAACAUCGCGGCCUCCUUGCUGGAGCCUUACCGCCUGGGAUUCGAAGAACUCCACCAGCAGGAGCUGGCGGCGCUGGAGGUGGCGCAGCUGCGGAAGGAGCUGCAGGCGCAGGAGCACCAGGAGCGGCAGCAGAAGUUGAAGAGGAUCAAGGAGAUCCAAGAGCAACGGUCUGGAGGCGACCCUGAGCUGCAAGCAGCCCUGGACCUCGAGCUGAAGGAGCUAGCAGGCCAAGUGGCAUCGGCUUCGUCACCCUUGGUGGGCGGAAAGAGUCUGAGUGGAACUUCAACAGCAAAGGAUGCAAAGGACGGAGAAGAGACAGAAGCGCAAGACAAGCACGGAAAGGCGGAGGCCGGUGGAAAGAGAGAGAGCGCUACUUUAGCAGCAGAGGACGCAAAGGAUGGAGAAGAGACAGAAGCGCAAGACAAGCGCGAAAAGGCGGAGGCCGGUGGAAAGAGAGAGAGCGCUACUUUAACAGCAGAGGACGCAAAGGACGGAGAAGAGACAGAAGCGCAAGACAAGCACGGAAAGGCGGAGGCAGAUGGAAAGAGGGCGAGCGCCGCUUCAACAGCAAAGGACGCCAAGGGCGCAAAGGACGGAGAAGAUACAGAAGCACAUGACAAGCACGGAAAGAUGGAGGCGGACGGAAAGAGGGCGAGCGCCGCUUCAACAUCAAAGGACGCCAAGGGCGCAAAAGAUGCAAAGGAUGGAGAAGAGAAAGAACUGCGGGACAAGCAUGGACAGAAGGAGGCAGAUGGAAAGAGGGCAAGCGCUGCUUCAACAGCAAAUGACACAAAGGGCGCAAAAGAAGCAAAGGACUCAAAGGACGGAGAAGAGAAAGAAACGGAGGACAAGAAUGGAAAGAAGGAGGCGGGCGGAAAUAGUACGAGCGCCGCUUCAACAACAAAGGACGCAAAGGGCGCAAAAGAAGCAAAGGACUCAAAGGACGGAGAAGAGAAAGAAACGGAGGACAAGAAUGGAAAGAAGGAGGCGGGCGGAAAGAGUACGAGCGCCGCUUCAACAACAAAGGACGCUCAGGGCGCAAAAGAAGCAAAGGACUCAAAGGACGGAGAAGAGAAAGAAACGGAGGACAAGAAUGGAAAGAAGGAGGCGGGCGGAAAGAGUACGAGCGCCGCUUCAACAACAAGGGACGCAAAGGGCGCAAAAGAAGCAAAGGAAUCAAAGGACGGAGAAGAGAAAGAAACGGAGGACAAGAAUGGAAAGAAGGAGGCCAAGAGUGGUGGCAAGGCUGGUGUUGACAAGGACAAGCUGGCCAAGACGGAGGCGGAAGAGAAGACGCUGUGGGUGGAGCCCAGUGGCAAGAGCGACAGCAAGGACGCGGUAUGGCUUGGCCCCCUCUCUGCACGGGAAGUGCUGAAGAUGGCGGAGGACCAAAGCCUUGGCCCUGAUGGCUUGGUUUGGGGUCUCCACGACCGCGGAGAGGAGAAGCCGAGCAGCAAGGGCGCGCUGCCCUUGUGGCAGUGCCUGCCGGAGCUGGGCAACCAGCUCCGCCGGGCCUCGGAGGUGCAGCUCCGGCAGCGUUUGGAGAAGCGAUUCCAGGAGAUGCCCAGACAGGAGGAUGCCACAGACGUCCUGGGGUGAGCGAGGUGAUCUUAGGAUGGCCAGCGCAACUGGGCGGUUUGGUCUCCUUUAUUGCAAUCUCCACGAAAAGGGCGGGGGUUAAACACGC